CUCAAUUGAAGUCAACUAAUGGCACCACGUGCAAUGUCAUUCUGCGCAGGACGCCCCACAUCAUCCUUUGGAGCUCCGGUCAAUGCAACAAUGGCAGGUUCAUGACGUGAUUUCCCACCCAACACUCUCCACAGUCCACACUGUAACUGAACAUGGCUCACGAAAACCACACCUCAACCCUUCGCGUUCUCUGCAUCGGAACCCUGGACACCAAGCUCGACGAGCUCCGUUUCCUCUCCGAUUCCCUCCGUUCCAAUCUCCACCGCUUCACCCACCACUCCUCGCCCAAUCUCCAACUCGUCCUCGUCGAUGUUUCCACCGGCCCAAACGCGCCACCACAACAACCUUCACCAAACUUCACAUUCGUUUCCAGAAACGAUGUCCUCUCUUGUCACCUCUCAUCCUCGCAUCUUCUUCCAGAAGACAGAGGCGAAGCCGUUGCUGUCAUGAGCCAAGCGCUGGAGAAUUUCCUGAAUGAAUCAUCUCACGACAUCGCCGGCGUAAUCGGCGUCGGUGGCAGCGGAGGGACAUCGCUGUUAUCAUCUCCGUUCAGGUCUCUCCCUCUCGGGAUCCCGAAGCUGAUUGUGUCAACCGUUGCCAGUGGCCAAACGGAGCCUUAUGUGGGAACCUCAGAUCUGGUGCUGUUUCCCUCUAUUGUGGAUGUUGCUGGUGUUAACAGUGUGAGCAGGGUGGUGCUGUCCAGUGCUGCUUCUGCUUUUGCUGGAAUGGUUGUUGGAAGGGUUCAGAGCUUGAAGGAUUUGGAUUCGAGAGGUGAAGAUUGUAAGCCCACUGUUGGUUUAACUAUGUUUGGGGUUACCACUAGUUGUGUCAAUGCGGUGAGGGAUCGGUUGCGUGAUGAAGGGUAUGAGAGCCUGGUUUUUCAUGCAACUGGGGUUGGUGGUAGGGCUAUGGAGGAUUUGGUUAGACAGGGAUUUAUCCAGGGUGUUUUUGACAUCACAACAACAGAGGUAGCAGACCACAUUGUUGGAGGUGUAAUGGCUUGUGACGGUUCUCGCUUUGAUGCCAUCAUAGAGAAGAAAAUCCCCCUGGUUCUGAGUGUGGGAGCAUUGGACAUGGUGAAUUUCGGAGCAAAAGAUACUGUACCGCAGGAAUUUCAGCAGAGAAAUAUAUAUGAACAUAAUAAGCAGGUUUCGCUCAUGCGAACAACAGCUGAUGAGAACAGAAGAUUUGCUGAUUUCAUAGCAAAAAAACUGAACAAUUCAUCAUCUAAAAUUCGUGUUUGCCUUCCAGAAAAGGGUAUAUCUGCUUUAGAUGCACCGGGUAAGCCCUUUUAUGAUCCAGAGGCAACGGGUACACUUAUUCAUGAAUUACAAAGGCUUGUUCAGACUGAUGAUAAUCGAAAGGUAAAAGUGUAUCCACAUCAUAUUAAUGACCUUGAAUUUGCAAAUGCAUUGGUUGAUGCGUUCUUAGAGAUUGAUGAGACAACUAGUAAAGAUUCUACUCAUUCACCUGUAGCCAGUCCUGAAUCUGUAGUACACUUUCAUGAGGAUUAUAUUUCAAAUGCAUCAAGCUCUGGGACCAUUGUCUAUGCACCUAGUGACUUCCCAAAUGCAAGACCAGAAACUUUGGAGAAAACACAGCUAAUAUUGCAACAAUUGAAACAUCAAAUAGAUAAAGGAAUUCCUAUAAUAGGAGCUGGUGCUGGGACAGGUAUAUCUGCCAAGUUUGAAGAAGUUGGAGGUGUAGAUCUAAUAGUACUGUACAACUCAGGGCGCUUCCGGAUGGCUGGAAGAGGUUCAUUAGCAGGGUUAUUACCUUUUGCUGAUGCUAAUGCUGUUGUGCUCGACAUGGCCAAUGAAGUUUUACCGGUGGUAAAGAAGGUACCAGUUCUUGCUGGUGUAUGUGCAACUGAUCCCUUCCGUCGAAUGGAGUACUUCCUUAAACAGGUGGAGUCUACUGGAUUCUCUGGGGUACAAAAUUUUCCAACUGUUGGGUUAUUUGAUGGUAAUUUUAGACAAAACCUUGAAGAAACAGGAAUGGGAUAUAGCUUGGAAGUUGAGAUGAUUCGAAAAGCACAUAACAUGGGUCUCUUAACAACCCCAUAUGCAUUCAAUCAACAUGAAGCAAUUGAAAUGGCUAAAGCUGGCGCUGAUAUUAUAGUGGCCCAUAUGGGUCUAACAACAACAGGCUCCAUAGGCGCAAAAACAGCUGUUUCACUUGAGGAAAGUGUCGUGCGUGUACAAGCUAUUGCAGAUGCAGCACAUAGAAUCAACCCCAAUGCCAUUGUGCUGUGUCAUGGAGGUCCGAUAUCGGGUCCAGAAGAGGCGGAAUUUAUAUUGAAGAGAACCAAGGGAGUUCAUGGAUUUUAUGGAGCAUCAAGCAUGGAAAGACUACCAGUGGAACAGGCUAUCACAAGUACAGUCAAACAGUACAAGUCAAUUUUUAUUUGUUGAUGUUCAACUUCAACAUGUUUGUAAUCAUGCCAGUUCUGUACGCUACAUUGCUAAUAAUGGCUGCUUAUAUCACUCUGUUACCUAACAUAUAAUUGUGAUAGAAAUAUUUCAAUAAUAGCAAUAAUAAAAAUACGAUCAUAUUAUUUAUA